CAACAAUUAGUGUACAACAGUCUAUUUCUGUCAAUUUUUACUACACAACACAACACACUAUACGUACAACCUUUGUUUAUCCAAACCCUCCAAAACGUGGGCCCCACCUGGUCGGACUUUUUAAUCCGACCGCCGGAACUAUCUACUCCGGCGUCUCGAUUCUCGUGCGCCAAAUGAAAGGAUUCUAGCUUGAAUUUUGGUCACAAGCAAGCGAAGAUGUCGCGUCAAUCUCCGUCAACGGCUUUUCACAAAUCAAAGACUCUCGAUAAUAAAUAUAUGCUUGGUGAUGAGAUUGGGAAAGGAGCCUAUGGUCGAGUUUAUAAAGGUUUGGAUUUGGAGAACGGAGACUUUGUUGCAAUUAAGCAAGUUUCUCUGGGAAAUAUUCCUCAGGAGGAUCUGAACAUUAUAAUGCAAGAAAUUGAUUUGUUAAAGAAUCUCAACCACAAAAAUAUCGUGAAGUAUCUUGGAUCCUCUAAAACCAAGAGUCAUCUUCACAUAAUUCUUGAGUAUGUGGAAAAUGGUUCACUUGCGAAUAUUAUCAAGCCGACUAAAUUUGGCCCAUUUCCGGAGUCCCUUGUUGCCGUGUAUAUAGCUCAAGUUUUGGAAGGUUUAGUCUAUUUACACGAACAAGGCGUUAUUCAUCGAGAUAUAAAGGGUGCAAAUAUAUUGACAACUAAAGAGGGUCUCGUGAAACUUGCAGAUUUUGGUGUUGCUACAAAAUUAACAGAGGCUAAUAUUAAUACUCAUUCGGUUGUUGGAACACCAUAUUGGAUGGCCCCCGAGGUGAUUGAAAUGUCUGGAGUUUGUGUGGCAUCUGAUAUAUGGAGUGUUGGAUGCACUGUGAUUGAGCUUCUUACAUGCUCACCUCCAUACUACGAUCUCCAGCCCAUGCCAGCUCUUUUUCGGAUUGUGCAGGAUGAGCAGCCACCUAUACCAGAUAGUCUUUCUCCAGCUAUAACUGAUUUUCUGCGACAGUGUUUUAAAAAGGAUCACAGGCAGAGGCCAGAUGCGAAAUCUCUGCUUUCUCAUCCUUGGAUACUAAACUCAAGACGCGUUUUACACUCUUCCCUUCGUCAUAGUGGAAAAUUGAGAAAUGAGGAAGAAUGUUUGGUGGAUGUGAUCACAUCAAAUGGAGAUGAUCAGGGCUCUGUUGAAAAUCUACCUGUCAAUUAUGCUGAAGAUUCUAAAGAUUUGCUUUUGGUUGAGGCUGCCGAUAUUAAUCAGUGUAGCAAGGACAAGGAUUCCGAGCAUAAUCUUUCUGAGGAAAUAUCUGGUGAUCCUGAGGAAGAUAUCUUCCCUGAUCAAUCUCCGACGUUAGCAAUCUAUGAAAAAUUAGAAAUAAAUGCUUCUUCUUUUAGACUAUCUUCUAAUGAUGAAGCUGAUGCAUCAUCAGUGUUUUGUGAGCCAUCUCACUUGACUGCCCAUGAGAAAGUGUUGGUUAAUGAUGAGGCUGAGUCUCUUAAUUUUAGUAGGGAAAGCAUCUCUGGUGGAAAAGUUGAAGUAGGAGAUAGCUCUAUCAAAUAUGGUCCAUCUAUUCCUGCACCAACAGAUCAAGAUCAGAGUCCUCAAAAGGCUCUGAAGGCCCCAAUGACAUCUGGGGAAAAUGAGCUGAGUAGAUUUAGUGACACCCCUGGUGAUGCUUCCUUAGAAGACUUAUUUCAUCCACUGGAUAAAACUCUGGAGGAGCGGGUAACUGAAGCAUCUACACCUAAACCCUCCCCAAUUUUGAAUCAUGGGAGCACAGUUGCAACAGAUGGUAGGAGUGACCUGGCAAAACAGUUAAGGGAUGCUAUUAUUCAAAAGCAAACGGAAAUUGAGUCUGGGAAGAGAAAUGAUGAGGAUUUAAUACAUUUAAUGAUUGGUGUUUUGAAGGAAGAUUCCAUUGAGGGUUUUGAUGAUAGAUUGCCUACAGAUAAUCUUUUUCAUAUACAGGCUGUUGAAUAUAGCAAAUUAGUUUCGUCGCUGAGGCCAGAUGAACCAGAAGAUGUGAUUGUAUCUGCUUGCCAGAAAUUGACAGCUUUCUUUCAACAACGUCCUGAGCAAAAGUUUGUUUUCGUUACCCAGCAUGGUUUACUCCCUCUUGUGGAGUUACUCGAGGUUCCCAAAAAUCGUGUUACAUGCGCUGUGCUACAAGUUCUAAAUCAAAUAAUCAAGGAUAACACUGAAUUCCAGGAAAAUGCUUGUUUAGUAGGCCUGAUUCCAUCAGUCAUGAGCUUCGCUGUACCUGACCGCCCUCGCGAAAUUCGUAUGGAAGCAGCUUAUUUCCUGCAGCAACUUUGUCAGUCGAGCUCCUUGACUUUGCAUAUGUUUAUUGCUUGCCGUGGUAUUCCUGUUCUUGUGGGGUUCCUUGAGGCUGAUUAUGCGAAACACAGGGAAAUGGUUCAUCUUGCAAUUGAUGGAAUGUGGCAGGUUUUUAAGCUUCAGCAGUCAACUCCUAGAAAUGACUUUUGUCGUAUUGCUGCAAAAAAUGGAAUACUGCUUAGACUUAUCAACACUCUAUAUAGUUUGAAUGAGGCAACUAGACUAGCUUCCAUUUCUGGAAAUUCUGCUUUUACUCCAAGUGAGGCAAUGGUUUCCGAAAUAAAUCUUCCUGAUUAUGGCAAGGUUAAAGAUGGAACAGCUGACAAUUCAAUGAUGUCUGUAGCCAAAAAAUUGUCAUGCGAUUCAGAUUCUAAUUUAGCCAAUUCAAGAAAAUUCUCUUUAAGUACCGUUAAACCCCAACCAAGUACAGCCUCCCUGAGAUCACUGGAAACUCCACCACCUAAUCCGAAAGAGAGAGAAACUAUUGACAGGUGGAAAAGUGAUCCUACACGAGCAGAAUUUGAUCUGAGGCAGCAACGAGAUAGCAAUGGUAUCAGACUUUCAACCGACAGGGCUAUGAAACCGGUAGAUGGUUCCCAAAAUGGACUGCCUGCUACAAGUCAGCAAGAACAUGUACGACCUCUUCUUAGUUUGUUGGAUAAGGAGCCCCCUUCUCGACGUUUCUCUGGUCAGCUUGAGUAUGUGCGUCAUUUCACUGGGUUGGAAAAACAUGAAAGUAUACUGCCACUUCUACAAACGUCUAAUGAAAGAAAAACAAAUGGCCUUGACUUCCUGAUGGCUGAAUUUGCAGAGGCUUCUGGACGUGGAAGAGAACAUGCAAAGUUGGAUUCUAUGCCGAAAAGUACUCAAAGAGUUUCAAACAAGAAGGUAGGACUACCUCCAUCUAAUGAGGGAGCUGCCUCCACAACUGGAAUGGCAUCCCAGAGAGAAUCUGGUGUACUCUCUGGUUCAGGCGUCUUAAAUGCUAGACCUGGGAGUUCGACAUCAUCUGGAUUACUUUACCAUAUGAUUCCGCCUUGGAAUGCAGAUCUUGCGCUUGAAUACAUUGAAAAAGUGGCUGACCUUCUACUGGAAUUUUCUUUAUCCGACACAACGGUGAAGUCCUACAUGUGUAGUCAAAGCAUGCUGAGUCGUAUAUUUCAAUUGUUCAAUAAGAUAAAACCAGCUAUUCUUUUAAAGUUGCUGAAGUGUAUUAAUCAUCUUUCAACCGACCCACACUGUUUAGAGAAUCUUCAGAGAGCAGAUGCAAUCAAACAUUUGAUCCCAAAUCUUAAUCUCAGGGAAGGCCCUCUUGUAUACCGCAUCCACCAUGAGGUCCUCAAUGCACUAUUUAAUCUCUGCAAGAUAAAUAAAAGGAGACAAGAACAAGCAGCAGAAAAUGGGAUUAUUCCACACUUGAUGCAUUUUGUCAUGACUGGUUCUCCUUUAAAACAAUAUGCAUUGCCUCUGCUUUGUGAUAUGGCACAUGCAUCACGUAACUCAAGGGAGCUGUUGAGGGCUCAUGGAGGAUUAGAUGUGUACCUGAGCCUACUUGAAGAUGAUAUUUGGUCUGUUACGGCAUUAGAUUCUAUUGCUAUAUGUCUGACACACGACAAUGACAACAAAAAAGUAGAGCAAGCUAUAUUGAGAAAGGAUGCUGUUCAAAAGUUGGUCAACUUCUUUAAGUCAUGCCCAGAACAGCAUUUUCUUCAUAUUUUGGAGCCUUUCUUGAAAAUUAUAUCGAAAUCGCGAGAAAUAAAUAUUACUUUAACUGUUAACGGCUUAACACCUUUACUCAUAUCAAGGCUUGAUCAUCAGGAUGCUAUCGCUCGUCUGAACUUGCUCAGACUAAUAAAGGCUGUAUACGAGCACCAUCCACAUCCAAAACAAUUGAUUGUGGAGAAUGACUUGCCUCAAAAGCUUCGGAAUCUAAUUGAGGAGCGUCGAGAUGGCCAAAGUUCUGGUGGACAAGUCUUGGUGAAGCAGAUGGCUACCUCACUGCUCAAAACACUCCAUAUCAACGCCAUUUUCUGAACCUAAAUACAAAUUCUUGUAUAUAUCAUUUAUGUAGUUUGAUUUGAGUGUAAUUAUGUUUAUUUUUCACUGUUACUUUUUAUAAUUUUCUCCGAUUUAACUUUUCUUACUUCUUACCAUGGAUGAGGAUAAAUGAGUUUCCCCAAUUUUUUCGGGAUGUUCUCAUGUCAAAAGUGAUCCUCUUGUCACAUGGCAACUAUUUGCCUUUUAUAGCACGCUCUUGUAUGCAAUUUUUUUUUACCUGUAAAUUCAGCAGCUACAAUAUUUAUCUUGUGCACCAUUGUUAAAUGUAAUUCAGCUUUGUCGGGAGAUAUUCCCUGAUCUAUUUGAUUCCUAGUAGAAUGGUGAUCUAUUUUGAUGUAAUAGUUUUAACUCUUUUGGAAAUUUAAGAUAUAUGUUUUGCUUUA